ACGACAAAUCGCACGAUUAGAGCAGAAACUAUGGAUGUGCGAAGUUUCAGUCAACUUGCGCUGAAUCGUUGCUUGACCAGAUCGUUUUCGGAGCUAUUCUACGAAAAACCAACAGAUCUACAGCAGAAAGCAUUAGUGCCUAUCACCGAAGGUUUCCUCCAGUUUUGCACUUGUUUCCCUUCCAGAGCUUGGCUGAUGCAAUAUUCUCUUGGAAACUGGAAUAAUCUGAAUGACUUCGAUGAAUAUCUACUAGUUCUUGAAAUAAUCUCGAGACUUCUUUCUGAUACAGGCAAAGAUACGUAUAUCCGUUGCUUCUCGGGCUUCGGUAUGGGCAAGCGUGUGACGCUGGCGAUUGGUAUCGUUCAGAAUAUCAGUUUCAAUCGCCAAGAUGUUCGACCCGGCAAAGUUCAAGCAAUCAUCAUAACGCGCAUCAAAAGUGAAACUUGUGAACUCACUGCUUUUGAGUCAACACAGAAACGCGCUACGAAAUUGAAGGAAACACUUCAAGCAGUUGGCAAGUAUCUGGGUGUAAAAUGUACUGUUUACAUCUCGGAUAAUAAUCGUCAUCAGAUCGAGUCUUCAGUUCGAUUAUCGCACGUUCUUAUCGCAUCACCAAGCAAUGUUGUACGACUUCUAAAGCAUCGCACUAUUGAACCCAAUUCUGUGAAAAUAAUCGUAUUCGAUGAAGCUGAUUCUCUUUUUCCGAACGACUUGGACGAAACGGCACUGAACGAUCUGCACAAUAUUUUCGCGAUGACCGCCGAAAAUGCUCAACGAACACAGACGCUCGAAGAUUAUAUGAAACGAGUGGACUUGAAUCCAGCGCGAGUUGAAAUACAGUUCAACUAUGACAACAUUAACCAUUAUCGCCUUUUCAUUAGUGAGAUCGAAAAAGGAGAAGCAUUGAUGACUCUAUUACAAGGCCAUAAAAAGGGUAAAUUUGUAAUUUUCACGCGUUACGCAGAAUGCGCCGAAGAAUUACAAGCAGUGUUCGAAAGUGACGGUUCACUUUUUCUUCAUUACGAUAUGCCGAAAUCGGCCAGAUAUGCAGUUGUAAGUAAAUUCUUGAAUGGGAAGAACUAUCGAUGCCUAUUUGUGCGUGCCGGGUUGAUUGGUGCUGAACGCGGUGAUAUAAUAAAUUUUAUUUGUGUUGAAAAUUUAUGCGCAAUGCGUUCAAUCGAAAGGUUUUAUGGAAUCACGCUCAACAGAUUACCGAAUGAUUACAUACCUCCAGUCACACAAAACUUCGAAGAUUGA